UGUCAAUAGCAACACAACAUUCUAAUCAAAUCAAAAGCAUACUUUGGUGGUUGUAAAAUGUAAAUUUUUCGUUUUUAUUUAAAGUGUAAUGCUCUCGAUGGAAAAUACAAAACAGUAUACUUUCUCACAAAUACAGGAGGAGAAUAUGAAGAGCAACAACAAUUUGCUAGUCGUCCAAAAUAGUGUCUACAAUGUCUAUUCGUACCUGAGAGAACAUCCUGGGGGAAGCCAUAUCUUGGUCAAAUACAAGAAUUUAGAUGCAACUGGAGUGUUUCUUGCUGUUGGCCACUCCUCUGACGCCGCCGAACUCAUGCAGACAUUUAAAAUCGGUGAACUUGUUGAGUCCGAGAAGAUGUAGGAAGAAAUAUUCCACGCUUGACUUAACUCGUGAAAUCAUGUAAAGUAGACGUGCCCACAUUUACUAUAAUGAUUUACUGUAUAUUCAGUCAUAUUUUAAUAAUAAGUGCAUUGCAGUAAUAAAAUAUAGUGUUUAUAAAAAGUG